AUGCCUUUAACCACACCGGUCCUCACGGUGGAUGCCGACAAUAUUCACAAGGUGGACACCGCCAACGCUCAAAGUCUUCAUGGAAUGUGGAUGGUAUUUUCAAAAUGUGCCGACUACAUGGACCAAGGCCGCCGACUUGAAAAUCUCAGUUGGCGGUUGUGGACUCGCGAAACCUUCUGUGUCGAACCCGAAAAGUCUGACAGCACUUCCGCCCACCCAUUGCUACGAUCUGAAGCUGGGGAUUUACCUGAGCUUUCUGCCAGUGUCGAGUCGGCCGCGUCUGACCAAGCCGAGCGGAUUGAAGCUCACAUCAAACGUCCUAAGUUCUCCGACUAUCGACCAGCCGUCGUUCGCGAGGACUCUCUAGCCAGCCUUGGCCGUGGAAAGGAGAAGCAUAUCACUUCGUUAGAUUUGGAGCGGAUGGUUCUUAACAUUAAAGAAAAGAAGCAAUUGGAGCCCAGGUCUCACCCUGUCGAGCCUCCUGCUCCCGUUGUCGACAUUACUCCUCGCCCAUCCACCCCAACUCCCACUCCUCCCUCCGUAUCAACCGCUCGUCAACACCCUCAUUUCUCCGUCCGACCGGCCCCCUACCCUCAUGAGUCGACUGAGUCUUGCUCCACGACUGCCCCCGAGGGCAACGAGAGUGACACUGCACAGGUCAACGCGUCCGAUACCAGUGUCUCCUCUUCCGGCAUUCUUCCUGCCCGAUCUGAAUUGAUCAAAUCUACUAGUAUUGUCCGUGGCUUCUCACCGUCACACAUCUCAUCUUCAUUCAGAUCGCAGCCAAGACUGUCUAUCGAACCUAGUCCUUCCCGUUCCACUACACAACUGAAGCCAUCGCCAUUGAAGAAAAAGGGAGGCAUGUUCACAUUGGGCGGAUCCUCCGGGGAUGACGAUGAAAGUUCGUUCGAAGAGCGCAUGGUUCCACAGGCGGCCCAGCAGAACGUCGCCGGUGGAGUGUUGAAAACGAAGAUUAACAACCCGGAUUCCACGAAAAAGACCGCUUCUUUCAGCAAUCAGGUCUCGUCCCACAUCAUUCCUAACUCGAAGAACAUCAGUCGAUCCGACGAGGACGCCAUUGAGACAGAUGAUGAAGUCUCGGAGAGUGCGAUCGAGGACGACGAAGACUCUGAUUGGGAGGAUUCCAUCACUGAAGGUGGCGAGUCUAGCGUUGACGACCAAGGAGGGAUGUUCCAACGGGUUGAUUCCCGGCCCAAUCUGGUCUCGCGUCGCUCGAUGCUCACCAUGAUGAUGCACCAGCCGGCCCGCAUGCAAGGAAACGCAUUCCGGUCCAGUCCCGCACUUCAACGAUCACGGUUGACCUCGCCCAGCGGUCCAUCUAUUCCCCAGUCCCCUCCUGAUAAGGAUAAGGACGAGGAAAGCUUGGUCAUGCGUGGCCCUGACAUCCCCCGAUCGAAGCCUAUUGUGAUGAACACCAACGCUUCGCACUCUAUGGCACACUCCCCAAGAACUACCCGUCGUAACAUGCUUGCUACUGAAUUGACGGAGUCUCUCCGCCGACAUCUUCUCUGGGAGCGACAGCAGAAAAGCGCGACAGCGAACGCUUUCCUCAAGCGUCGCCACACUGCCCACGACAUGAAGAACCUUCAGGACUACCCCGGUCCCAAGGGUCCACACAAGGGAGUUGGUCCGAAUCAGGCUAGUGCUGAAGUAGACACCAAUGCUGCCAACCUUGACCUGGGCAAAAAUGGCUCCUGGACCAACUACACCACUGACUAUGGUCCCUGGGAGUAUCACGUGAAGGGAUGGUAA